AUGGCAGUUGCUUAUAUAUUACUGGUGUUAUUCCUGGCAGUUUUCAUUGCUGCAUUCAUACUUUUGGUCAUAGGCGUCAUGAAUUUUGAUUUCUCCAACUCAGAAAUUCCUCCUGGAUUGAAUCAACCUGUAAAGCUCCGAAUCAUUCAUAUGAUUUUAAUAAGCACAGCGGUGGUGGGAAAGAUUUUGGAAAAUAUUGGCAUCUGCAGUCAGCUUGGCUUUGUCCGGUAUAUGCAAGGUAGAAAGACGCAGGGAGCAGACCAAAAUCUCUUCAUCAAGGACCUGUGGUUUGAAAAGGUGCCUGUGAGGAUUUAUCAGCCUAAGGCUCCAUCUGCCAGCCAAAGGAGAGGAGUUAUGUUCUUCCAUGGAGGAGGAUGGGUAUUUGGAAGUCUUGAGAGCCAUGAAAAGCUGUGCCGCUCUAUUGCCAGAGAAAGUGAAUCAGUGGUUGUAUCUGUUGGGUACCGUUUAGCUCCUGAGCACAAAUACCCGGCCGCAUACGAAGACUGUCUUAAUGCUACCGUACACUUUAUGAAGAGUAUAGAGCACUAUGGGGUGGAUCCUGCCCGCAUAAUUGUCAGCGGGGACAGUGCUGGGGGCAAUCUAGCAGCUGCCGUUAGCCAGACCCUCACAGGCAGACCGGACCUCCCAAAGCUACGCGCUCAGAUCUUGAUCUACCCAGGCCUUCAGGCACUGGACUUCAAUCUACCGUCCUAUCAGCAAAAUCGGGGAGUCCCUCUCCUAUUCCGAGAACGUGCUGCUUUCUAUGUGUUACAGUACCUAAAUGGGGAUGCAUCGCACGUGGAAGAGGUCUUGGAAGGUUCUCAUGUUCCUGCAGAUAUUAGGUUGAAGUACAGGAAGUGGGUGAGUCCGGAUAACAUCCCUGAACAAUUUAAGGUCAGAGGCUACAAACCACACGCACUACUUGAAUGCGCAACUGAAGUUUAUGAGGCAGUGAAAAGAUUCUGUGAGCCCAACCUAUGUCCGCUGUUAGCUGAAGAUGCUAUUGUUCAGCAGCUGCCUGAGACUUUCAUCUUGACGUGCGAGUAUGAUGUGCUGAGAGACGACGGUCUGCUGUACAAGAAGAGAUUAGAGGACAAUGGUGUUCCCGUGACCUGGUACCACCUUGAGGACGGGUUCCAUGGAAUCAUGAGCACAUUUAAUCGUGGCUGGUUGUCAUUUCCAGCUGGGAAAAGGGGUCUUGACAAUAUUGUGAACUUUCUAAAAAGCUUAUAG